GAAGAUCCUGUGAGUGUUAGAAGGAAGUUAGGUUGUCAUGUGGUAACCAACAGAAGGUUAUGAUUAAAAAAAAAAAGAUUAUUUGAUCAUCUGACUUGUUUUGCGUAAAGGGAAGAGAUAUGAAAUGAGUCGGGUAGCACAUACGGGGAGUCUUGUGUUGAUUUUAGAGACAUUAUUUUGACAUUUUUAAUAUUUGUGGUGAUCGGCGAAACACCUCGAUUCACGAAUAGGUCGUUCAACUCGCGAUGCUGGACAGAUCGCUGCAUCAUCAUGUUGCUUCCGAGUUAGCGAAACAAAUCACAAGUUACACCAGGGGAAUAGUGAGUCGUCGUCAUUUAGCUACACGAAAAUUGCAAUUGUGAACAGAAAAGGAUGGAUACAUCUGUUGAUUUGGCUUGUUGGCACUUCGAUGAUACAUUGUCGCGCCCAGUGAUGUGAAAUAAGAAGAUAAAUAGCUGGUUACAUUGUAUCACUUGUUUAUGCCUGGGGUUGAUGCGAUAUUUCUCAUUUGUUAUUGGGUGGGCGCGAUUGUAAUUAGCCAACAUCUUCAUUAUGGGCAUUUGGGACAAUGAAUAAUCAAAAUGCAUUUUCUUUCAAACAAACUUUGCCACUGAAAUAUAGUCUAUCCAGACCUACAUUAUAAACAUCUGGAAUACAGUAUUAACUUUUUUAUUGGCUCCAUCAUCAUCAAAUAAUCUAUUGGAUUUGUCAAGGAAGUGCACGUUUAGUCUCUGUUGGAUAACCCCGGUUUGUGUAGGAUAUCCACUUUGACUGGAUGAGACUGCUCUGUUUGGGUUAUGAUCAUGACCCAGGAAUGUAUGGAUGAUCGCCAAAGAGAUGCUGACUUCAUGGAAAUAUGCUGGUGACAUUUCUCCUAUUCAAACAAAUCAGCUACAUAGUUCUUGUGCUGCAGACUGUUAUUGGAUACUUUUUGAUUAUAGUGGCUAAGCGUGCCACAUUGUCUCAGUGAAUGGUUUUAACCACGAUGGAAUGCAACAUAAAUAGCUUCUCCAAAUAGGUUGCCAAUAUGUUCAUUUGAAAGUUUCAUAGGUCUAUUUCAUCCUAUGUUUUCCUGGCCCGUCUUUAAUCUUUUGUCACUGUCCACUACUGUCACCGCAUCCACGUGGAGAUGACAACACCUGACACUUGACAACUUUUGGGUCGAGGAAACUUGCAACCGUAACGCACAGACGGCUCCCUCUGCUGUAAUCCCCAGAACGGUACAAGGGGACAUAGCUUUUGUUUUUGCUUUCGGACGGCGGAGAGGAAGAGGGAUAGACUCAAUAAGGAAAAAGUAGCUUACAGCAGAUACAAAAAAAGAAGUCCGGCUAAAAUGGCCGGCGACUGCAACUAUAAAACACAAUACGCGAAUGAUGACACAUUUUCUCCAUCCAAAUUACCCGACCGAGUGCGGAUCAUCGCGGGGGAGCCCGACGCCGCCCGUGCUCGUACGGGGCGUAAAUCAUUGGGUUGCUCGCCAAACUUCGAAUUGAUUGACGGACUGCUGUACCGUAAGAAGUUGGAGAGAGGCUUCAUCCAUUACCGGGAGGUGCUUGACGAGGACCGACGGUUCGGGGCGAUCGCCACUUUCCACCGGCGACGGACAGGCACGCGCCACCACUCCCUGGAGGACACGUACAGAUCAGUGGCCGAGAACUACUGGUGGGAGGGGAUGUACUUUCAGAUCCGAGACUUUGUCCUGGGAUGUCCAGAGUGCCUUGAGCAGAGGAACAAGAGAGCCGAGAAGUGUGUGGGCGAGAGCUGUCUCUCUCAGACAAUGAUGUCACACAGCCAUGAAGUGCUGAAUAAGCUGAGGAGCCAGCGGGAGGCGGGGCUGUUCUGUGACAUCACUCUGAGGACAGACGGACGCUCUUACUCCGCCCACAAGGCAGUGCUGGUGGCAGUGAGUGAGUACUUCCAGGAAGUAUUCACUGAGAUGGACUCCGCCCCUAGCACCAGGUCUGACAUCGACCUGACAGGUUUCAGUGAGUCUAGCCUGGUGUCUCUGCUGGACUUCUCCUACUCCUCUACUCUGUGUGUGUCUGAAGAGGACCUGUCAGAGGUCAGCACUAUGGCCCGUCAUCUGGGCAUGUGGCCUGCCGUGGAGGCCUGCACGGCCCUCCAGAGGGAGCAGGCGGACCACACCUCCCGCUACCCCAACACGGAGCACCCUGCCCUGGGCUUCCCAUCACAGCGCCCUGGGUCUCCCCUGGAGCUCCGCCACCACCAGAAGGACAGGAAGAAGAGAUUGGCUGGAGAGGGCCGGGAGAGGGUGGCUGGGGGAAGAGUGGUGAGGGGUUUGGGUGAUGGCUUCAGACUGAUUCUGGAUCAGUCCGAUGAGUCGGGGGAGGAGAGCCCCACCAGAUGGUCACCCCGUCGCCCCCACAAACCCAGCGCCCACCCUCCAGGGAAAAACGGCCUCCCCCUCAGCCCCAUGCACAGGAUGAAGCUCAUGGACUUCAAAUCCCCCUCCUGUAAAAUAACCUCUUCCCCCCGAAAAAAUUUCCCCUCCAACCCCCGCUCCCGAAACGUCCCCUCUUCCUCCUUGCCCCACACAUGUACCCGUCUCCUCCGCUCCACUCCCGGGGCUGCCAAGGAGGUCCAGAGUAUGCUGCCCAGGACAGAGAGCCCUCCUCAGGGCCGAAAGCCACCCCCAGUCCCCUGUCCUGCCUCCACCUCCUCCAGACAGAGGGCUUGCUCUGAGGCCAACAUAGUGAGGGUGGAGGAGGAGGAGGAAGAUGAGAAGGAUAAUUUCAGAGCGCUGGAGAAGUACCGGCUGAUGAGCGUGCUUGGGUUACAGAGGACGUCCCUCCUACCCAGACCGGAGGAUCUGAUUGGCUGGAGGCAGAAGAAACGGCUCCGGAAGCUGAAAGUCAAUAACUAUUCGCUGACUAAGCGGAGGAAACCCCGUCCCCAGGGGUUGGGGGGGCUGGUGUUCGGGGGGCUGCCCCUGUCCCUCCCUCUCUGCACCCCUGCCAAUGCCCACUUCUUGAACAGGAUCAUAAAGAAGGAGCCUGUGUAUCCAAUCAGCAUGGAGGACAGGAGACUGAAGAGAUCCAGACAGCCCCGUCGUUUUCCGCCCAGCGACAGGAGCAUGCGCAGUAAAGUGGCAUUACCGGACCUGCUGCAGCCUGUGUCCAGGCCGGCCUAUAGCGGCAGGGAUCUCAGGCGUUCUGUCAGGGGUGAAGAGGUCAGCCAUCCCCCUCCGCACCUCCCGCCCUGCUCUGGGAACGCCAGAGUUCCAAAUCCCAAGAAGAACAUCUCUGCUCUCAGGAUCAAACCGGAACAUGCCGACUACGCCAUCUCAGCCCCGCCCCUCCCCCCACUUGGCCAAGACCCAAACACACACAUCCCCCCUCCCAGGGCCCACCCCAGGAAUAAGGUUACCAUGGAGACUGUCAGGGUGCUCCGCUACAACAGCGGGUGUCUGUUGGCCAAAGCCAAGCCGGAGCGUAGUGGCAUGAAAGAGGCUGGGAGAGCCCAGCAUAAGUCCAGAGAGAAGAGCAGGAGGACAGGGUGCAACCAGGGAGCAAGGGGGGUCAUGGAGAGAGGGCCUGGAGCUCUGAGCAGAAGGAAAAACAGCAGCAUCCUCAGCCCUGACCCAGUCCCUCCUCCCCUCCAUAGCCAUCCUCUGUACAGGGUCAUCAAGGAGGAACCAGCAGACCCUCUACGCGUGGCGGGGCCUUUCCCCGAGCCACCCUCCCCAGAGCUGGGCAAGAGGCAGAUCAAGCCCCCUGUCAAGCUUCUAGAUCCAGGCUUCCUCUUCAGCUUCUGUAGGCCGUCCGUAGGGCCCAUGGUGGGGGUGAAGAGGGAGGAGGAGAGUGUGGAUAUCUGCCUAACACGAUCUGUCUCGAGGGGGGAGAGGUUAGGUCCCGGGGGGGGCCCGGACAGGGUCCUGAGGGCCAGAGGAGGUACCACCACUUUGCCCAUGGUGAAGAAGGAGCGGGAGGAGGAGAGUGUGAACCAAAGUCAAACCAAGAGGCAGGGGCCACCAAGGGCUGUCAACAUUCACCAACACAAGGCCCCCCACCUGGUUAGAGCCACAGAGUCAAAGGGUGCACGCACGGCACGGGAUAUACCAAAGAAGCAAGCUAAGUCCCUCCACCUGCCUAGCCAAGGCCCCGCCCUGUUGGACUCGAUCUGCCGGGCGCGGCUCAAGCAACUGCGGAGUCCUCGCAGUCAGGCCCCCAAGGCCAAGUCAUCCCAUGUCUGCCUGCAGUGCCGGGCCUCCUACAAGGACUGUAACGGCCUCCUCAUGCACCGCAUCAGGCACAUCGAGGGAAAGCACUGGCCCUGCCCUCUGUGCAGUAAGACGUUCUUCAGGAUGAGGAAUGUGAAGGACCACAUCCGGACCCAUGACCAAAGGCUGUAUAAGUGUCGCAGCUGUAUGGCUGCAUCCUGAGAGCUGACUGGGGAGGGAGGGUUGAAGCUGUCUACAUUGACUGACGUGAUGAAGAGAGUAGAGCACAUUGUUGAACUGCAAGCUUGUACAUGCAAUGCGUCCAUCACGUCCAAGCACAAGGCUCCCAGGAAAGAUGUAAUUACUAUGACGUUGAUUAUUGUUAUUUAAAUAACCAAACUUAAAUUCUUGUUUGCAUUUUCAGUAGCUACAGGGGUUUCAACUUGAACUUUACACUCAGGGGGUGGGGCAACUGUGACGUCACUGUAUUUAAAUGGUUGACGACGUCACAGUUUAUGUAAAUGAGAAAUGUGUAGAAUGGAAAUGACAAAUGUAUUAUGACAAUGAUAAUUAUUACUACUAUUGUUAUUUCUAUCAUUAUUUUUCUAUGUAUAGACUGAAUCUUUGAGUGCACUUAUACACGAUAUCACCAAAAGUAUGUGGACACCCCUUCAAAUUAGUGGAUUCGGCUAUUUCAGCCACACCUGUUGCUGACAGGUGUAUAAAAUCGAGCACACAGCCAUGCAAUCUCCAUAGACAAAUAUUGGCAGUAGAAUGGCCUUACUGAAGAGCUCAGUGACUUUCAAAUCAAAUUUUAUUGGUCACAUACACAUGGUUAGCAGAUGUUAUUGCAGGUGCAGCGAAAUUCUUGUGCUUCUAGAUCCGACAAUGCAGCAAUAUCAACAAGUAAUCUAAAAAUAAAAAAAAUAAAUACUGCAUAGUUUCCUAAGGACUAGAAGCGAGGUGACCCCCUCUGUCGGCGCCAUUUUGCUAAACGUUGCACCGUCAUAGGAUGCCAUCUUUCCAACAAGUCAGUUUCUGCCCUGCUAGAGCUGCCCCAGUCAACUGUAAGUGCAGUUAUUGUGAAGUGGAAACAUCUAGGAGCAACAACGGCUCAGCCGUGAAGUAGUAGGCCACACAAGAUCACAGAAUAUGACCGCUGAAGCACGUAAAAAUUGUCUGUCCUCGGUUGCAACAUUCAGUACCAAGUUCCAAACAACGUCAACACAAGAAAUGUUCGUAGGGAGCUUCAACAAAUGGGUCUCCAUGGCCGAGCAGCCGCACGCACACAAGCCUAAGAUCACCAUGUGCAAUGUCAAGUGUCGUCUGGAGUGGUGUAAAGUUUGCCGACAUUGGACUCUGGAGCAGUGGAAACACGUUCUCUACAGUUUUUAUUUAACUAGGCAAGUCAGUUAAGAACAUAUUCUUAUUUACAAUGACGGCCUAGGAACGGUGAGUUAACUGCCUUGUUCAGGGGCAUGACGACAGAUCUUUACUUUGUCAGCUCGGGGAUUCGAUCUAGCAACCUUUAGUUUACUGGCCCAAUGCUCUAACCACUAUGCUACCUGCUGCCCCGGAUGGUGAAUCACGCUUCAAUCAAUCAAUCAAGUUUACUUUAUAUAGCCCUUCGUACAUCAGCUAAUAUCUCCAAGUGCUGUACAGAAACCCAGCCUAAAACCCCAAACAUCUAGUAAUGCAGGUGUAGAAGCUUCACCAUCUGGCAGUCCGGCGGACCAAUCUGGGUUUGGGGGAUGCCAGGAGAACGCUUCCUGCCCGAAUGCAUAGUGCAAACUGUAAAGUUUGGUGGGGGAGGAAUAAUGGUCUGGGAUUGUUUUUCAUGGUUCGGGCUAGGCCCCUUAGUUCCAGUGAAGGGAAAUGUUAACGCUACAGCAUACAAUGACAUUCUAGACGAUUCUGUGCUUCCAACUUUGUGGCAACAGUUUGGGGAAGGCCCUUUCCUGUUUCAGCAUGCCAAUGCCCCCAUGCACAAAGCGAGGUCCUUACAGAAAUGGUUUGUUGAGAUCGGUGUGGAAAAACUGGCCUGCACAGAGACCUGACCUCUGAUCUUUGGUAUGUAUUAGAACACUGACUGCGAGCCAGGCCUAAUCGCCCAAUAUCAGUGCCCGAUCUCACUAAUGCACUUGUGGCUGAAUGGAAGCAAGUCCCUGCAGCAAAGUUCCAACAUCUAGUGGAAAGCCUUCCCAGAAGAGUGGAGACUGUUAUAGCAGCAAAGGGGGGACCAUCAACUCCAUAUUAAUGCCCACGAUUUUGGAAUGAGAUGUUCGACGAGCAGGUGUCCACAUACUUUUGGUCAUGUAGUGGACCAUAGCUUUGUUGUAAACCUAAGAUUCAGUACAUUGAUGUAACGGAGGGGUAGCCGGAGAGUAGACGAGGCCCAGGUUUGAAUACUUGAAAGUUCACUGGUGUGGAGAUGGAGUGUCUGUUAAAGACGAGGAGGUAUAUUGGGUUUCUUCUACUGUCUUUGGUGUUUAGAGAUGAGUUGACUAGUGUUUGUCUAUGUAUCGGUUCUCUCGUCUCACCUUCAGUUUGGGAAAGGGGGUUGGGAGGGCCCAAUCACUAAAGGACCCCUACACCCUAUGCACUUGUUGUGAUUGGAGAGGAUUUGAUUGAUAUAAGCAAUAUGGAGAAACUUCCCUGUAGCAGAUAAAAGGACACGGUAGAUGUAUUACCAUAUUGCUUAUACCUGUCAAAUCCACUCAGUUCUCCACAAGUGCAAAGGGUCUGGGGAUGUAUUUGGGAUUGGGCCCAUGAGUUGGCUAGUUGGGGGUAAGGGUCUGUUUCCUCCCGUUGUCUUUUCGAAUGCUGCCUAUGAAAGGGAAAACUGCCAGGUCUAAAUGUGAAUCUCUAAAAUGUGUAAUCAACAUUACUGUCUCAAUACUGAUAAAAUAAAAAAAAAUUGGCUGUUUGGCCUUUUUUAUAUAUAAGAACGUCCUUCAUACUCAAUGCAAUGCGUGCACAUACUAUGGAGACAUUGAAUAUGUUCCGAAUUUCAUUUUAAAAGUCAGAUAAUUCAGACGCUCUCCCUUUGGUUAUCUAUAAAAAGAAAAAUAUGAAAUAAAUUGUUGCCUUUAAAAUGUUUGUCUUUUUUGUUUGAAAUUCUAAUAGUUUUUCACAUAUUUGAUUCUCUCUUUGUAUUAUCUUGGAACUUUACAGUCUCAUUCUUGAGCAAUGCAUGUUUGAUAAAUGCAUCAGCUUGGACAUAUACACUGCUCAAAAAAAUAAAGGGAACACUAAAAUAACAUAUCCUA